AUGAAGUCUCGGAAACGACUCGCUGUGGACGAGCUCAAAGACGCCAAAGGGACCGCUAUGGCUGAGCCUUCCCUUGCAGUCUCGCGGCAGAAACCUUUGCCGCCCGAACAGUCCGAUUCGCUACAUGGCACGCACCCUUCUUCGGCAAGCCAAAGCUCAUCGGGCAUGGAGCGCAUCUUCGCUCUGUCGCCUGUUCCCACCGCUGUCCUUGACAAGGACUUGCGGAUCAUCACGAUUUCGAUGUCGGCUCAAAGUAUGUAUGAUCUGGACCUGAACGAGUGUAAAGGCCGUAACUUCCUGGAUUUUGUCGAUGACAUGUCGAUGCCAGCAAGCCACGCGACAACAGCCAAACUAAUCCAAGAUGCGAUAUCUACUCGCAAAGAGCAGAGAUCAGAGCCAAUGCCGGGGACAACAGUGCCCGGGUUCUGGCGCCUUCGAGUCCUACCGAUCUUUGAUGCGGACGAGCUCCUGUAUGUCGUCGUUGAGGCUCAAGACGUCACCGAAGACGUGCAGAAGACGCUGAAUUAUUCGACACAAUUAGCAUCCGCCGAGACGUACCGCAUCCUAGUCAGUACCCUUCGCGACUAUGCAAUCUUCAUGCUUGACCCCAACGGCUGUAUAGCGACCUGGAAUACAGGAGCUACACUUCUCAAACAAUAUACGCAGGAAGAAAUCAUUGGCAAGCACUUUUCAACAUUCUACCGCGAGGAGGAUCGGAAAGCCCGCAAACCGGAGAAGGAGUUGGAACUGGCACUGCGUGACGGCAAAGUUGAGGAUGAAGGAUGGCGAGUUCGCAAAGAUGGCUCGCGGUUCUGGGCCAAUGUCAUCAUCACACCUGUCUACCGGGACGGCGAGCUCACCGGCUUUAGCAAAGUGACGCGCGAUCUCACCGAACGGAAAGCAGCCGAAGCGCGACUAAUCUCAGCAUACGAAGAAGCCUCCAAAUUGAAGUCAGAUUUCCUCGCCAACAUGAGCCACGAAAUUCGCACCCCUAUGCAUGGCAUGCUGUCGGCGCUCUCGCUGCUUACGGACACGGACCUGUCCAAAGAGCAAAAGGAGCUUACCAGAAUCAUCGACGAAUCCGGGGCGAUAUUGUUACAGGUCAUCAACGACAUUCUUGAUUAUUCCAAGUUAAGCUCAGGCUCCUUCUCUAUCAGCAAGGAUGUUUUGAAUAUAUCCGAGAUAGUAGCAGCUGUUAGGAGGGCCUUCAAUGUGGGAUCGGACAACGACAUGAAGUUGGAGGUUGAGCUGGAUCCUCGACUGCCCAAGUUUGCUCAAGGAGACGCACUCCGCUACCGCCAGAUAUUGCAGAAUCUUGUAUCCAACGCCAUUAAAUUUACAGAUCAUGGAUACGUACGGGUCAAAGUCAUCCUCACCAACGAGGACGAGUCGUCAUACGACAUCAGGACAGAAGUUAUCGAUACGGGCAUUGGCGUGCCACUUGAAUCAGAACAUGUUCUGUUUACUCCCUUCACACAGCUGGACAAAUUUUCAACCAAACGCUACAAGGGCACUGGACUCGGACUGUCGAUUUGCAAAAGUCUGGUUGAACUCAUGGGAGGCGAAAUAGGAUUUGGUCCCAACCCUGACCGGCAAGGUAGCGUUUUCUAUUUCAGCCUCAAACUGAACAAAUUGGACGCAAAGGUACCAGCGCCUCCCGUCCCAAACGCACCGGAUGUGGACCUGAAGAAACUGGCCCCCGAAAAACAAAUUCUCUUGGUAGAGGACAAUGCCAUCAAUCAGACCAUCAUGGUUCGUCUGUUACGAGCGUUUGGUUUCGAGAAGGUUGAUGUUGCCAGUGAUGGCAAAGAAGGAUUGCAAUUGGUCAAACAAAAGCCGCUGACAUAUAGUCUUAUCCUCAUGGACAUCAGCAUGCCAGUCAUGGACGGAGUGACGGCAACAAAAGAGAUCCGGCGACUUGGGCAUUCAGUCCCCAUCAUUGCCAUGACUGCCAACGCUUUGAAAGGCGACGAAGAAGCCUAUCUGGCCGAAGGAAUGAAUGAUUAUGUUGCCAAGCCGGUGGAUAGGAAGUUAUUAACACAAGCUUUGUUGAGAUGGCUCCGGUAG